AUUGCUGGUGUCCUGACACUUCCCUUUGAUGUCGUAAAGACUCAUCGUCAGAUUGAACUUGGUGAAAGUAACUUUGGUUAGUGUUUAAAUCCAGGGUGUAUAAAAAAAAACUACACAGUUAGAAAAAGUUCGCUAAAGUCAGAUGCGCGCGACAUUUGCGAAAACUUUCAGUAAGCUAUAUGUACUUUAACGUUCUCUGGUAGCGUUUUUAGAGUAGGAAGGCUGUUACCAACCCAAAAAAAAAGGCCUUGCGCAAAAACAUUUUUCAUCAGAAACAAAAUUUAAUCACACAGAGUCAAAAUAUGGACUGUCUUGCACAAGCUAUCAAAGUUUCAAGAAAUUUGGUGCACGCGUAGGCCAACGUGAGAUAUUCAAAACCUGCAUUUUCUCCCAUUUUGUUAGUUCAAACGCGAUUUCUUUGCAUGAUUUCAAAUUAAUUUUAUGCAUGCUCGGAUGUUUGCAUAAAUUACAGUACGAAAUUCGCAAGCCAAUUCCCAAAGGUCCUUUAUAAUAAUAAUAUAAUAAUAACUUCACAAAAUUAUUGACAUGCAUUGUUUAUUUUCAAACAAAAUCAUUCUUCAACAUAGGAGGGCACGUUGAAGAUUGAUUUUGUUUGUAAAUAAACACUGCAUGUCAAUAAUUUUGUAAAUAAACGCUGUUAAUAACUCUAGAACCUUUGGGAAUUGGCUUGCGAAUUUCGUACUGUAAUUUAUGCAAACAUCCGAGCAUGCAUUAAAAUUAAUGCAAAGAAAUCGCGUUUGAACUAACAAAAUGGGAGAAAGUCCAGGUUUUGAAGAUCUCGCGUUGGCCUACGCGUGCACGAAUUUCCUGAAACUUUGACAGCUUGAACGCAGGGCUAGAGGUGGGGUUAGGGUGGGGGUCAGGUAUCAGCCCUGAUACAUAAUAAUAGGGGUCACACGAAGUAUAUACCCAAAUCUGGACCUCACUAAGCCACUCCAAUAUAACUAAGCAGCAUCGUGCAAAAGACGACAGGGGAAAACCGGCAGUGUGUUAAGUUUUUAUUUGCUCGUCUGUCUAUGCCAAUUCUUACUAUGACAAGUACACUUUUGGGCAAGUGCACUUGUCAUAGAAAAAAUUGGCAAGGUACAAAUCUUGUUCGUCUGCACGGGUCAACAAAGAAAAUUUGUCAAAGCAAUUUGAGCACUUUGAUCUAUUGUUGUAAUAGCCAAUAUUAAGCAAUAACAGCUAUCAUGGCGGUCGGAAAACCAAAAAAUUGUCAUAGAAAAUUUGUUGACAAAUAAAACUUGUCAUAUGAAAACUUGUCAUAGAAAACUUGCUCGUCUGUAACCGGACUUUAUACAUUAAGAAACUAAUAUUAAUAUUAGUUCUCUUAUGAUAUAUCUAGUCUUAUAAUUAUAAAUGCAGGGAGACAAAUAAACGAAUUGAGAUAACGCUUACUACCCUGUAUCAAUCAGUAAGAAACUUGCUUGGUCCUGUAGGAAUCAGCAUUGCAAAAAACACAAAAGAUCACAUUGCAAAAAAAAUUGAUGGUUUAUUUUAUUUUUUAUUUAAACGUUUUUAAAGACGCUGUAACAAAGAAAUAAUAAUUAAGAUUAUAUAUUUAGUUUUUCAAAACAGUCUUAACACCAAGACUCGCAAGAUUUCGCAAGCUUUUCUACCAAGAGAUUAUGUCACAGUUUCACCAAAAGCGUUUGUGAAUUGUGAUGUUCUAAUUUCGAAAUGAGGAAAACAGAACCCUAUAAGGAGCUCACAAUUCGAAAGAGCCUAUAAUCCCUGCUCAAUUUUUGACCUUCUAGUAGGACAGAUCAUCAAGUGCUUACUUAAUAUGUUCCGAACCUUAAGUUUGGAUCUUCUCCUUAUAGAAGGUAUGUUGAUGGGGGUGGGAGGGGUAAGUGUCUCAUUGUCCCUGUCUCAUUUGGGCUUAUCCAAGUUGUUUUGCAUGCUGAUUUACUGCGGAUUCAGGUAGACCGUUAAAUGCGAAUAGUUGUCGCGUUAGUUUUAACGGUUGUACGAUGACGUUUCUAGGCAGAUUUUCAGACGUUUCUAAGGCGUGGCUUCAAUGUUUAUUUUCAAAAUUUAACCGUUGUAAUUACGUUUAAAUUUUGAAAAUAAACAUUGAAGCCACGCCUUAGAAACGUCUGAAAAUCUGCCUAGAAACGUCAUCGUACAACCGUUAAAACUAACGCGACAACUAUUCGCAUUUAACGGUAUAUAGAUAAACCAGAAUACCAUUGAUCACAAGGACAAAGUAACAUUGUCAGAAUAGAAUAUCUUCAAAACUGAAAUUUAAAAUUGAAAUUGCAUAAACACAGUGGUUUUUAUUAAUACUUCAUGUCGUAUAUUUUUCCAAUUUUAAGAUCCAAAGAAGAAAUUUCCUUCUACGUUUUCGUUGUUGAUGAAGCUUCAGAAGGAACAGGGAACUGGGGCUUUAUUUACAGGUUUAACAAUUUAUAGAUUUUAAUAUUUAUAUUUUACUAAUUUUAACAUCUAUUUAUUAUAUAUACCGAUUCGAGAAAUGAUUGCCGCCAGUGUGUUGUCUGCCAAUAUUCAGUUUAACCGACAUAUUGUAAUUACAACUUCGACACUUCGUUAGCCAAUUCAAAAGCUUGGAUAACUCACAUACGUUGUAACUACUGUAUACUAUUGUUAUAAUUAACAAAAGUAUAGAAAGAAGAACAUGCAUCUGUUUCAUGUAUUCGUACAUGUUGCAUGGGAUUUGGACAAUGGUUUUGCCAAAUCGAGAACAAAUUUUAAAUACCCAAUUGGCAACCUUGAUACAUGGCUACUAUUGUACUGCCCCAUGCCAUGCAAUUUACUAUAAAAUUGGCUAGUACGGAAACAGCGUCAAUCAUUGUAGUGAUUGUUGUUUGCCAUGCAUAUGCAUUGCUUUUUUUAAUUUUUUGAGAUGUCGUUAUACUUCGCCGAAACCAGUUUAUUAUUUAAUGUUUUUUUAUCAGUUAUUGUUAAAUAAAAUAAUUAUUUUCGUUAUCAUGAUUACCAGGCCUGCAAAUUACUGCCACCUAUCGGACAUUGUCCGACAUCAAACCUUUUUGAGUACAGGAUAUGCGACCACUGAUUGGGCAUCUUUGUGAUUUGAUUGAAGCUUACAUGAGGAAAAAUUUGAAAAGUGAUCGGAAAUUAUCACGUUUGUUGCACUUACUGAUUAUAAAUAGCAUUCUAUAUCAACGAGGUCCUUAUUGACAAUUGUCCAUUGUCUAACAAUACCUGGUAAAUGUCUGAACAUUUUUCGUCUUGGCCGGAUAUUUUUCCGUCGCAGCAAAUUAUUUGCUGGCCUUGAAAUAAUUUUGUUAACUACAGUUGUGUUCUCUUUUCUAGGAAUUACUGCUCGUGUCGCCAAAAUUGCCCCAGCAUGUGCCAUAAUGAUUACGUCAUAUGAAUACGGCAAGGCAUUCUUCAGACAGCGGAAUGAAGCGGUGGUUUCAAAGCAGCUACAUGGCUAA